CAAUUGAAUUGAGAGAAAAGUUAGUAGCCUUAGCCUAGUAACUUUACUAGUUAGUACUUAGUACUUAGCCUUAGUAUUGUUAUUCACUUUCACCAUUCAUUAUCGUUAUCGUUAAAUGAAUAAGGUCUACCAAAGCCAUGUUACUUUGUGAGUUUUUAUAAUUUAAAAGUUUUUGACGAUUUAACCUUUUCAUAAUGAACUAAUUAACACCUAAAAUGAAUCGUGAAAGUUCUAAGGCAGCAGGAUCAUUAGUAGAUUAUCACCCACAUGAAAGAGAUAACACAUUGCAACUUUGUGUAAAAUUAGAUGAAGUCCUUAAAAUCCUCAGUAAAGGUGUUUCAAAUAAUAGUAUUGGCGAGGAACUAAACCAAAUUUUGAACUUUAGGAUCAAACAGCUUCACAAUGAAAACUCAGAUGAACUAGUAAAAACCUGCAAACAUCUGGUAUGUAACAUAACCAAAUAUACACAUAGAUCACCGCCCUUUUUGGGUGGAGAAAACUAUAAUGUUUACACGCUUAAUAUUCUUGAGUUGACUUUGGGGAUUCUAAUAUUUGCAGGAGAAGACAAACAAUGCUAUGAUUUUGUUCAAUCUAUUUUGAAGACAGUUAUGACAAGAGAUGAAAGUUUUACUUCACCUCACAGUGAAAUCAUCACUCAUUUAGGAAAUUUAGAGUGUUUGUUAAAAGCUCUGAUAUCUGUGAAAGACAAGCAGAAAUUGAAUCUACCGGAAACACUUGACACACUGAGAAACAUCAACUUCUUAUCCGCAGUCAAAGAUUUCAUAAUUAAAUUUGAUGACCAAAGUGUUUCCUCUGUUGUACUGUAUGACCUUGUUCCUAAACUCAUCAAGGUUACUGAUGCUUCAAUAGUGUUCAUGCUAUGGACAGAUUUGAAAUCGCCAUUGUACAGUACCAACAUUACUCUUCCUGUAAAGUUAUUUGCUCUUUGUGGACUAUCAGAUUAUCUCAAUUUCAAGAUCAAUGACUCAUCCGUGAUAGAAUCUCUCGAAUUUUGGGAAAUUAUUCAAGAAGGACUGGUCUCAACAGAUACAUUGGUUAGGAAACAAGCAUUAUAUUUGAUGAAAAGAUCAAUUGACAUCAUUAGUGUAUUGAAUAUUUCACUUGCUUUUGACAUUUUCUCCUGGAAUCCCUUGAAGUCAGAUGUUUUACUGGCAAAUUGGCAAAAAAUGUUCAUGUUGUUUGAAGUUCUUGAAGAGAAACAAGCUCAUUUGGUGGUUCCCAUCAUACAAUCUCUUUUGAAAGCAUCUAGUUUUGAAAAUACUAUUGAAUCUUCAUGGAUUUUAGCAGCUUAUAUAAGAAUAUUCUCUCAUGAUUCGCUUCAGGUAGUUAAAGUUGGAAUAACCUGUUUCCUGGAAAUGAACAUUGAGUUUUUUCUAAGUAUUUCUUCUUGCACAUUAGUAAUUGAAAUAUUAUUUGAAAAGCUUAACAACACACUUCUCUUCAGCAACCCUUCAAACACUGUCGACUGGUCACACAUCGACAUCUCAUUGAGAAAAUGGUUCUCAAAUUUAUCAUCCGACUACAAGCUUUGUAACAAGUUUAUACCUGUUAUUACUCAUGCGUUGACUAAAGUCCAGUGGUGUGCAAUACCUUUGUUUCAUCUUCUUUAUGAUUUAUCUCUUGCACCUGCUAGUAACAUUUUCAGUGAGGAAGAUUUGACAAUCCUUAGUCACUUUAUCAAAGAAGUAAUAAAAACUCAAAACAUCUUUAUAAGAGGCGCAGUGCAGUGUGUAAUGUUAAAAGUCUUAGCAAAAUGGACCAAGAGUUCUGACGUCGCCCUAGUGAAUGUUAUUGCUGUAUUAAGUCUUUUUCGACAAAAAGAGUGUUUCAAAAGAGGGUUAAAUUCAUGGGAGAUAAGCAAAGAAUGGAUUACUUCUUUUAAUUGCAAAAGUGACGAUAUAAUUGACAUUUUAUUCCUGGAUGAAAAUCAUCUAUCAAUUGAAGCCAAAGCACGGAGCUUAGUUUUAUUUCUUGAUUCAGGGCUGAUUGAUCCAUAUGAAACUAAAUUCCUCAAAGCAUUUAAGGAAUACUUCAUGGUUUUAGAGGACACAUUUAAGAGGCCGUACGCUUCUACAGAAGAAAGUGAUAAGUGUUUAAAACUAGUUUUUCAUAUUUUGAGUGAAUCCAAAGUUGGUUCUAACUCACAAGAAGCGUUCCAGCAUUACGUUUUGAUAAUCAAUAGUCUUAGUCCCUAUCUGAAAGAGGUGAUUUCUUAUAUAGAAAAGAGAUUGCUCGAAGUUGAUCAAAUUACAAAUUUUGAAAACAUCGAACUGUACAUUAGUGUUCUUCAAGUAUUUUCUGACUUGCAGCUCAUUACAUUUGAAAAAGCCAUUCAUCUGAAUAGAAUUUCAAAAGAAUUAUGUUUUGCCUCAAAAAAUCAUCCGGUUCAAAAACUUCUAGCUCUUAAAGUUAUACUUUGGUUUAUAACAUUUGAAACAACUCUUGAACAAAAAGCUGUCAUAGUUGAACAAGUUAAGGAACAUUGUUUAUCAAUCUUGGAGGAUGGUCAUCUCAAGUCAAACAUCUUCAGCAAGAGUAAAAGUGAUGAGUUGCUAUCAAGAAACCAUCAGGUGCAGUGGGGCUGGUUACUCUCGGAAUACACUAAGACUCUUUGGUCAAAUGUUCAAGAGUGUUUAGAUGGAAAUAUUGUGAGCGUUGAAGAAAUACUACAAAUUACAUCAGCAGAAGAUAUCAUUCAAUUAUCUACAAACGCCAUAGAAUCUGGAGGACGGGAAUCUUUAGUUCCAGUUUUAAAAGUUGUGAAAUAUUUAAUUCCAGAAGCAUUAAAAGACCCUGUUUUAUGCAAACAAUUUCUUCGGUUUUCAUGGAAGUCUUGUUGUGAACUUAGAAAAAUUGCCUUAUUCUGGCCUUCGAUCAAAGCUUGGAUUGCAUUAACUUUCAGUAGAAAGGUUAUUGCUACUGAGGCCAUGAGGAGCAUUAUUAAUGAAUUUGCAGAAGAAAUAUUGAGUGAAGGAGAGACUGUUAAUGGGUUGAGUAAUGUUUUACUUUCUCAUUUACGACAUGAACUUACCGAUCUUGAAUCCGUCAAACCACUUCUCUCGUUAUUGACAAAAGCUUUGAUUUUUGGACAAGUACCAAGAAAAGAUCAGAGGAUUGAAGCUGACACUUAUACAUUAAUUGGAAAUUUAGGAUCAGAACUUGCGAUAAAUGAUUUGAUGCCAAAACCAGGCUACGGAAACAGUCAGCAAGUGAGGCUCUAUGCCUUGUCAGUUCUACUUGGUGUGGCCAAGCAAGACGGCGCCGAUCAGCUGAUUGUUUCAGCUGUGAACCAGCUGAUUGAUAUGGACCGCCAGCUGACAGCUAAGCGCCAGAGGUACCACGGUGAUUCACUGCACCACCGAGUCAAGCAUCGGAUUCUUCAAGCUGUCCUGGUACUGCAUCAAGCAUUGGUCCUCUGUGGCACCCCGGCCACUGAGAGUUGUCUGGUAGAGAUAGUGAAGUUCGCCAGUGCAGCGCUGCAGGGAGAGAGUCAACAGCCCAGUGUACGUUAUCAGCUGGAGUGGCUGCUAGUUCGAGCACUACUCAGUUCCCCUCAGUUAAUAGACAGCUUCUGGACGUUGUUCAAUGAGGCCAGCGAGGAGCGUACAGGCAGUGUUUGUUCAUUCAUCUCAGUGGCGUACCACUUGGCAGUGUGUCUGCGCCGGACAGACUUUACAGAACGGUGUGUCUCAGAGGUGCUCCCGUGGUGUAUGGCGCAGCAGUUCAACAUAAGGUUGUAUGCGCAGGUUGUGCUGGACAAACUGUGGCCCCUCGAUGCUGGAGUUACAGCUAAGUACGAAAUUGUCAGAUUCAGUCUCACUAAAAGCUUGAAACAAGGGAACACGUUGCGCAAUGCUGAAAAACUCAAAAACGACUUUUACUUCACAACGUUCCAUCCACUUCGGCACUUUACUCUUGAGACCAUCUUCAUGGAACUGCCAAGACUGUCGAACAUAUCCAGAGACGAAUGGAUUCCGUUACCUACAAUUGAAGAUUCUCUAUCAAAUUAUAAUCCAUUCAUAAAGCUUAGAAACUCAGAUGAUUCUUUAACUCAGUUCAUUCCUCCUUCAUGGGUAGCAAAAGCAACAGCUGACGCAGAAGUUGAGGUUGAAGCGCUCGCGAUGCAAAAGAAAUUUGUUCCUUGGAAAAACAUGUUUCCUGAGAUGGAGGGUGUGUCCAGCCGGACACAAUUGAUUGUGGUGGCGUCAUUGAUUGACAAGUUGCCUAACCUGGGAGGAUUGACUCGUACCUGUGAGAUAUUUACUGCCGAGUGUUUGGUAGUGCCCAGCCUGGAGUUUACCAAGGAUAAGAUGUUCUCCACACUCAGCAUGACUGCCGAGAAACACAUCAAUAUUGUUGAGGUGAAACCGUUUGAUUUACCAAAAUUCUUGAGGGAGAAAAAGAAUGCCGGCUACACUCUGGUGGGUGCAGAACAGACUGCUUCGAGUGUUUCCUUGCAGUCUUUCAAGUUUCCCAAGAAGUGUCUCUUAUUGUUGGGGAAUGAGAAGGAAGGAGUACCUGUGAACCUACUGCCGCUGUUGGAUGUUUGCGUGGAGGUGCCACAGUUAGGAGUGGUCCGGUCACUGAAUGUCCAUGUCACAGGAGCAUUGUUUGUCUGGGAGUAUACCAAGCAAUACCUAGAGGGUACAUCUUGACAACCUCAGUAGUGAAUGAGUGGGAACUGGCUAGAUCAGUGUUUCCCAACCUUAUUCCUUGGUGUUCCACUUAACAAGGCAACAAUCUGUUGCGUAGGACGUAACCAUUCUGUUGUUAAUUAAUAACGGAAUCUUAGUUAUUUAACUCAUGGAACUAACUAACCCAUUUUCCAAACACAAGUAGGAACCUUUCCUGAGGUUUGUAUUUGUGCAGUUGAAGCAUACCUGCGUCAAGCACUGGGCUCAAGAUAUUCUUUAAAAUUUCACCUAUAUUACUCGAGUGCUAUUAUUUCUAAUCAGCCUUUUUUAAAUCACCUUAACAAACAACCUAUACUAGCAGGGACCACAAGAGCAGUUGGCGGCAGCCAAUACAAAGACUGGACUAGCGCGACGUUGGAACAUCACCCGUUCACUACUUUUUGACACUAAUUAAAAUAUAUUAAACAAUAUUUUCAAAUCAGCUGGGACUAUUAGAUUUGGCAACACCGUACUGUCCUCAUUGGCUCCUUCGAAUUAACGUGGUAAAGAGGCUCCUCCCUCAACUGCAGACUCUCGUGAACCGUACUGUAGUCCUGAUUCUAUCGUCCUGCUAUACACAGUUUCCAAUGGGCCACAAACUAAUGCUAUCAACAGCCCAAUCAAUCCCAACCUUUAACAUAAGUUUGAAAUAUACUUGUACUUGGAUCGUCACUACAUUCAACCCUAAUGGCCUAGCGGUAGACAUACAACAGGUUGGGAAUAGUAUAUUUCAUUACUAGGACCGAAAGAGACAUUUUCGACGCGUGCUCAAGUUUUGUGUGUGGUGAGGCAAAGCCGAACACAGGAAAACCAAAUUUCACGUGCGAGGCAAAGCCGAGGAUGGGAAUAAUGCAGCAAGUGUCAGAAAAUAGCUUUUGGUACGAGUUAUGAACAAUACUCAUAACCACGACAAAAAAAAAAAAAAAAAAAAAACACACACAUACAGAAUGAAAUAUCUCAGUAGUAUUAAAAUAGUUUUAGACCACUCUUUAUCAUUGAAAAUACACUUCACACACAACGCACAUGGUUUCAUAAUUGUAGAUUUUUAGAUAAAUAUAAAAACUUCCGCACUUACUUGAAUUGACUUAGCAUUUUGUAUUUUUUACCAGUUUUCUAAACUUUCCGUAUUCCUCUUCUUAUCUUUCCCGUGAUUUAGUUAGUUAGGUUAUUAGUGACAUCUAAAGCUGUUUUUAUCAAAUCAUCAGUAAUGUUAGACAUACUUUGAGCAAUUUCAAACAUACACUAUGCUAAAAACAAAGCAAAACAAACUUAUGCCUGUUUCUGUGUAUAUUUAGAUUGUGCAACAAUAAAAUCAGCUGUUUAAAUCAUUAAAUCAAACCUAACAUAGCACUGGAUAAAUAGUAGAUAAAUGGAAAACUAAUCAAGAGCAAGGGAAAGUAAAUUUAGAGCGAGGGAAAAUCAGCUGAUCAUUUUCCCAUUGCUCUAAAUUAGAGCUUGGGAAACAACUACACUUUCUUUCAUAUCAGCUGUUAUCGAAAAUACUUACUUUCGGUAAGGAGUGAUGAAAUAGUAGUUUACGCAACGAUUGCGUUAAGUGAGUCUUUACGACACGAGUAGAAAAUUUAAGGCACGAGCCUUGGCGAGUGCCUUAAAAACUUCUACGAGUGUCGUAAAGACUAUUAACGCGAGUUGCGUACACUACUUUACCUACGACCGUUUUUAAUUACUAUCAAUCUGGAUUUAAUUACUAACAAUCACUACUGAUAACUUUUUAGAGAGGUUAUGUUUUCGUGUAUUGUUAUUGCCACAGAAAGGGAUGCAACGACUUGUUGUAUAAUCAGCUGAUUUCCUGUAAUUACGUGUUUGUUAAACUUCGUUAAAUAUUACAUUGCUAGCAGCAUUCUUACCAUAAAUAAUAUUUGUAUCAGGU